UAUCAUAAUCGAACGAGAAAACAAGCUGCCAAUGGGAAUCCAACGCCGCUCUCGGUUCUUAUGAAACCAAAAGAAAAAGAGGGAAACAACAUCUGGGAAAGCUCAUUUUCAAGAAAUCACACUGAUUACAUCACAGAAAACGACGCCCUUUCAGUUCCUACGACAUACCCCAAAACCCUAGCCCCAGUUUCGGUGGUAUCGAAUUCCAGAAAAUUUCAGCAGCCAUAGCUUCACGUUCCGCUUGUUUGGCUGGAGAGAGAAUUUGGCGUUUUUGCCCUAUAUUCAGCAGCAAAUCAUGGAAAAGUCUGAGGCAGUCCUACUUAAGAAGGCAAAGAAACUUGAAUCACAAGGGUUACAGCAGAGCAUAGUCAAGCCAGAAAGGGCACCUGUGUUUGAAGAACUACUUCAUAAUGUUUUACACAUCCGUCAUCCAAAACCAAUCGAUUAUUUCAAUCGAAUAGAUUUGAUUCGUAUCUUCAAUGUCAUUUCAAAGGAAAUACAUGGAAAUGGUGAUGACUUUACUAUUGUGGAGGGAUUUGGUUCUUUCUUGAUGGAUAUGUUUAGUGCUGGAAGUGAUUUGGAUUUAUCUAUUAAUUUUGGUAACUAUGCAGUUGAAGUUAGUCGAGCAAAAAGGAUUCAAACCCUUCGGAAGUUUGAGAAAAAGUUGAAAGCUCUGCAAAGGAUAGGGCAUGUGUCCGAUGUUAUCUUAAUCACAGGUGCCAGGGUGCCAAUUUUGAAAAUUACUGAUCGUGGCACUGGAAUUGAAUGUGAUAUAUCUGUCGAGAACAGGGAUGGAAUUGCAAAAUCCCGUAUUAUCCGCAUGGUCUCUUCAAUUGAUCAUAGAUUUCAGAAGCUAAGUUUUUUGAUGAAAGCUUGGGCAAAAGCACAUGACAUUAACAGUUCCAAAGAACAUACCCUGAACUCUUUAUCCAUAAUCUUGUUGGUUGCUUUCCAUCUGCAGACUCGAGAUCCACCUAUAUUACCUCCAUUCUCUGCCAUACUUAAAGAUGGAUCUGAUAUGGAAACUGUUACAAAGAAAGUCAGUAAUUUCUUGGGUUAUGGGGAAGUGAAUAAAGAAUCACUUGCUGAGCUCUUUGUUACAUUAUUACUCAAGCUUCAAUCAAUUGAAACACUUUGGUCCAAAGGUCUCUGUGCCAGUAUAUAUGAUGGAUCUUGGAUAUAUAAAACAUGGGAUUCUGGUGUUGGUUGUAUUAAUGUUGAGGAUUUCACUGACCGGUCCCAGAAUGUUGCAAGGGCUGUUGCAACGAAACAAGUGACUAAGAUCUACAAGUGCAUCCAUCAUUCUCUUCAUUGGAUUUCAGUUUUCAUGAAUGGCCGGAUGGAAGGACCCAAGUUAAGGCGGCGUUUGUUUGGUCAAGACCAUGUACCUAAACCUCUGUCUGGUCCAGGUCAAUUACCUGUUCCAGAGGAUGGAGGUAAAAGUCUUGAUGAAAAUGCAGCGAGUGCCCUGACCCAAGAUGACUUUAUUCAGACGAAGAAGCCACGAUUAAUGGAUGGUUGGGCAGGACAGAAGCAUGAUUCUGUUGAGCUUGCAAGCAAUGUAGCUUGGCCUUCUACACAACAUUUGGUUUAUCAAGCUCAUCAGUUUGCUCCGGGUCCACCUCAACUUCCCUUCAGUCCUCUGCAGAACCCAGUAUGUUUUGCAGGGUCACAGAGUUUGAAUGUGAUGCCUCCAAUGCCUUCCAUGGGGCCAAUGCAUGGCUGGGGAGGACAGCAGCAUGCUCCUGGUGCAGCUACAAGCACUGCAGCUGGGCCUUUUGCUAUACCCUUUGCUUAUCAAGUGCUUCAGGCUGCUCUUGGUUUGCCUCAACUCCUUGAUGUUCCUCUUCAACAACCGGCAUCUGCUCCUCUGCAGACCAUGCUACUUUCCCAUGGGCUACAGGGUUCAAUGACAACAGUCCCAAGGCCUUCUGCUGAGCUACCUUAUGCGCGACACAACUGACCAUUGAGAGAAGUAAAGCGCGAGAAGUAAGCCAUUUCCCAAACCUUCUGCUAGAAUUCACUUGUGUAGUUUCUUGAACAGAUCUACACCCAAGCUAUAGCAUAGAGUCAUAAUUUAAGACCUUUAAGAGCACCAGUUUGGAGAAGUUAGCAUCAGAAGAGGAAUAUUUUCUUAGCUGUACACUAGUUAUUUCCACCCAUGCAAAUUGUAAAUAUAACAGUGAGUUACCUAAGAAUUGAAGCUUUUUAGCUACCAUUGUGUGGGAAAGGAAGACAAUAUUGUUGAGCCAACUUUACUUUUGUCUCUUCAAUUUUUUUUAAAAACUUCAACUUGGGCAUGAGGUUGUGUAUAUAACUGCUUGGAGUAAUCUCGGAAGUUAUUGUUUUUAUGUGGAACAAAUGGGUCGCUCUGAGUUGCGUUUGACUUUGACGUUCAGAUUAGAAAUAGUAGUUGUAUUUUCUGUGCUGUUGAAUAUUAGCCCUGUUUGGGAUUAUGAUUAACUUGUACGUUUAAAAGCAGAAGAAGGAUGAGUAGAAUUUAAUAAACAAGGAAUAUGAGAAAACAGAGUGGUUUAUUGCUAUUAUUAUUAUUAAUUAAAAAAAUAAUAAAAUCGAAGUAAUAAACAUUACCACCAAUUUUAGCCUAACAACUAAGCUUGGUUGUUAGAGGGUGACACGUGGCAUAAGAUAUUCUCUAACAGGUUAGAGAGACCACUUUUUAGAGUGGAGUAGGGACUUUCUGAGGGGACGUCAGCAGAGGACACCUAGCAAGGAGAUACUCUCUCCUGCGAAGUGACUAUUUUAGAGGGCAGUGCGGCAGAGGAGAGGCUGCUUUUUGGUUGGUUAUAAUGAGGAUUUUCUUUGGAGUAGGCGGCAAGAAAAGCGGUGAGCGAGAAGAAAGGAGAGAGAGAGGAAGAAGAGGAGAAGAGCAGAGGAGGAUGGUUUAGCUGGCUCUCACUGGUUUUGUUGAUUUUGUCGAGGAGAGGGGAGAUGAAUCACCAUUGUUUCUAUGAAUCACCCGAGCUGAGAAGGAUAUUCAUUUGUGGUGGCCGUUUUUGGAGGGCUGUAGAGGAGAGGAAAAACCAGAGUAAAAGGAGCAGAGGGAGGGGAGAACCAGAGGACAACAGUUCGUGAUUUCCGGGGAACUUUUCGAGAAAGAACGGCUAGAAGCCCAGCGCACCUUGCUGGAGAGGAGCACUUUCAGGUAUGGUUAUUGUGGAUUUCCCAUUCGUUUCAACCGGUAUGCUUUUCUUCUCUUUUUCUGCAGAUUCUUGGGUGCUGUUUGUUGAUUGGGAGUAGACAUAAGGCUACAUGUUUGUUUCAGCUGAUCUCUAGGUUUGUUUGGUUGUGUUAUAGCAUGUUCAUAUCCCUCUUUUUAUUGGUUUCUGUUUGAAGAUUAGUUUGGCCCUGUUUCAGUUUCCCCAUGAGAUGUCUGCAACCAUGUUUUGAUUUCCAUUUAAUAUCCGUUUGGUUUCACUCA